AACUUUACAGAUAACCUCCAUCGCAAACCAAUUUUCUCCAGAAUUUUCUUUUUCCGCCUCAGUGCACGCUGGUCUAACCUCUGAACCCUAAUACUGAUUUUCCUUUUCCUUUUCCUUUUCUUCUUCUCAUUAUCAGACGUUUGUGAAUUCUACGGCCUUUGUGAUUCAGGUGAGGAAAUUUUUUGUCUGUAUGGACAUCCUAAUGAAACAUGGGAAAUGGUUCUUCCAGUAGGCAGAGGUUCCACCGGAGCUUCUAGAGCCUGCACUUGGAAUUAAUUUUGCAACAGAUGGCAUGGACAGAAAAUAUUGGCGACCUCUUGUUGCUGUACAUGGUGAUUCCUGUUUGCUCUCUGUGGCUUUCUAUUUUGGAGCAAGACUUGACCGAAGCAAAAGGGUAACUGAAACAUUCAAAGCCUUGCUUUCGGCUUCCCUAGCUAAGCCACAAUGAUGUUUUUCUAUCCUUUGGGCACUGAGAAAAGGCAGAUGCUGCAAAUGAAGGGGGUACACCUUACAAGACAAUGUUUGAUGCUUUUGCAGAAAGCUACUUUCAGGAGUAUUAUAGAUGAUGAAAUAAACAUUAAAAUCCUAACAUUGAAAAAUCAAGCAAAAGGAGGAGAAAAAGUUUGCCGAGGUGUAGUUUAUAGGAAUCAUCAUUUCCUCAAUUUGACGCAGGUCGGUCUCUCUCCUGCUAUUCAAAAUCUUAGUACUGCCACAUCGAUGAAGAUGACCAAGGUUUUCCAAGCGUUUCUCAUGCUCCAACCCCAACUCGUAGACCUUAUCCACGAGAUGCAGCCAGAUUGUAUCGUUUCUGACGUCUUUUACCCAUGGACGAGUGAUGUGGCAGCCGAGCUCAGAAUCCCACGGCUUGCCUUCAACGGUUCAAGCUUCUUCAGUUAUUGUGCGGAACAAUGUAUAAAGGAGCAUAAGCCACAUCUUGAAGUUGAAUCCAACAAUGAAAAGUUCAAACUUCCGGGGUUGCCUGAUGUUAUUGAAAUGGUGAGAUCUGAGUUGCCAAGUUGGAUCACUAGACAUAAACCAGAUGGUUUCUCACAAUUGCUUGAUGUCAUUAGAGAAUCAGAGAAACGAUGCUAUGGAAUGUUGAUGAAUCGCUUUCAUGAAUUGGAAGCCUCAUAUGAAGAACACUUGAAUAAGAUUAUAGGGAUCAAAACAUGGAGCAUAGGGCCAGUAUCAUUGUUGGCAAACAAUGAAAUUGAAGAUAAAGAAUCAAGAGGUGGAAACCCCAACAUUCAAACCACCAACUUACUCCAAUGGCUCAAUGAGAAAGAACCAAAUUCAGUUCUCUACAUCAACUUCGGAAGCUUGAUUCAGAUGAGUCGUAACCAAAUAACCGAAAUAGCACAUGCGAUUCAAGAAUCCAGUCAAAGUUUCAUUUGGGUCAUAAAAAAGAACGACGAAGACAACGAUGACGACAUAGUAAACAAAGGGUUACAAAAAGGGUUUGAGGAGAGAAUGAGUAGAACCAAAAAGGGUUUGAUAAUAAAGGGAUGGGCUCCACAAUUGAUGAUAUUAGAGCACAAAAGUGUUGGAGGGUUUUUGACUCAUUGUGGUUGGAACUCAAUUCUUGAAGGAAUAAGUUCAGGCUUACCAAUGAUCACAUGGCCAUUGUUUGCUGAACAGUUUUACAAUGAGAAGUUGUUGAUUGAAGUGGUGAAGAUUGGAGUGGGAGUUGGGUCAAAGAAAUGGUGGCAUUUGGGAGAAGAACCAGAAAUUAUUAAGAGGGAAGAGAUUGGUAAGGCCAUAGCUUUUUUUGAUGGGUGAAAGUGUUGAAGCUUUGGAAAUGAGAGAGCUAAAGAAAUGGGAGAGGCUGCAAAAACAAGUGUGAAUUGU